CUCCAGGAAGAAAAAUGGCAUCUGUUGCAGUUGAUCCACAACUGAAUGUGGUGGCUAGGGUGGCUAACCUACCCUUGGUAAGCUCCACAUAUGACCUGGUCUCCUCUGCUUACAUCAGUACAAAGGAUCAGUAUCCCUACUUGAAGUCUUUGUGUGAGAUUGCAGAGAAGGGUGUGAAGACCAUCACCUCCGUGGCCAUGAUGAGUGCCCUGCCCAUCAUCCAGAAGCUAGAGCCUCAAAUUGCAGUUGCUAAUACCUAUGCCUGCAAAGAACUAGACAGGAUUGAGGAGAAACUGCCUAUUCUGAAUCAGCCCACAAACCAGGUUGUUGCCAGUGCCAAAGGAGCUGUGACUGGGGCAAAAGAUGCUGUCACAACUGCUGUGACUGGGGCCAAGGAUUCCAUGGCCAGUACAAUUACUGGGGUGGUAGACAAGACCAAAGGAGCAGUGACUGGCAGUGUGGAGAGGACUAAGUCUGUGGUCAAUGGCAGCAUUAACACAGUCUUGGGAAGUCGGAUGAUGCAGCUGGUGAACAGUGGAGUAGAAAACGCACUCACCAAAUCAGAGCUGCUGGUAGACCAGUAUCUCCCUCUCACCCAGGAAGAACUAGAAAAAGAAGCAAAAAAGGUCGAAGGAUUUGAUAUGGUUCAGAAGCCAAGUUACUAUGUUAGACUGGGAUCUCUGUCUACCAAGCUCCGCUCACGUGCCUACCAGCAGGCUCUCAGCAGGGUUAAAGAAGCUAAGCAAAAAAGUCAAGACACCAUUUCUCAACUCCAUUCCACUGUUAACCUGAUCGAAUUUGCCAGGAAGAAUGUGCAUGAUGCCAACCAGAAAAUUCAGGAUGCCCAGGAUAAGCUCUACCUCUCAUGGGUGGAGUGGAAGAGAAGCAUCGGCCAUGAUGACACAGAUGAAUCCCACUGUGCUGAGCACAUUGAGUCACGUACUCUUGCCAUUGCCCGCAACCUGACUCAGCAGCUCCAGACUACAUGCCACACCCUCCUUUCCAACAUCCAAGGUUUACCUCAGAACAUUCAGGAUCAAGCCAACCACUUGGGGGUCAUGGCAGGUGACAUCUAUUCAGUGUUCCGCAAUGCUGCCUCCUUCAAGGAAGUAUCUGAUGGCCUUCUCACUUCUAGCAAAGGACAGCUGCAGAAAAUGAAGACGACUUUAGAUGAUGUCAUGGAUUAUCUUGUUAACAACACACCACUCAACUGGCUGGUAGGUCCCUUUUAUCCUCAGCUGACUGAGCCUCAGAAUGCCCAGGUCCAAGGUGCAAGGCAGGACAAGACCUGCCAAGAGGCUCAGCAACCUGACCACGAAACACAUUAA